UUUAAGCAACAAUAAAUUGUCAGGGAAGAUUCAUGUCUCCAUGGGCAGCCUUGUUAACUUGGAAGUCUUGGUUUUACGAAACAAUAACCUAAUGGGUGAAUUACCUUCCACUUUGAAGAACUGCAGCAAUUUAAUUAUGGUGGAUGUGAGUGAAAAUAUAUUGUCUGGUCCAAUACCAUCAUGGAUUGGAGAAAGUAUGCAACAAUUGAUAAUCUUGAACAUGCGAGGGAAUCACUUCAGUGGACAUCUUCCAGUUAAUCUUUGUUAUUUGAAGCGUAUUCAAUCAUUGGAUCUUUCAAGGAAUAACUUAUCGAGAGGUAUUCCAACAUGCUUAAAGAAUUUGACUGUAAUGUCUGAAAAGAUCAUCAACAGAGGUGCAACUCUAAAUCAGAUAUAUUGGUCUGUCAAUCUUACUUACCAUGAACCUUAUGCUCCUUUUUUAUCCAGUUCUGAUAAUUAUACACUUAACAUAACAUGGAUUUGGAAAGGUAUGGAACUGUGGUUUUCGAAUCCAGAGUUACAACUUAAGAGCAUUGAUCUUUCAAGUAAUAAUUUAACAGGAGAAAUACCAAAAGAGAUUGGAUUAGUUUCUCUGAAUUUAUCCAGAAAUCAUCUGAGCGGAGAAAUUCCUUCAGAGAUAGGAAAUUUAAGUUCACUAGAGUCCCUUGACUUAUCAAGAAAUCAUAUCAGUGGGGCAAUUCCUUUUUCUCUUUCUCAAAUUGAUAAUCUAGGCAAAUUGGACUUAUCACACAACUCUCUUUCAGGAAAGAUCCCACCAGGAAGACAUUUUGGAACCUUUGAAGGCUCUAGUUUUGAAGGAAACGUAGAUCUUUGUGGUGAACAACUCAACAAAAGUUGUCCUAGAGAUGGAGAUCAAACGACAGUAAAGUUCCCAGAAGUUGAAGCAAUCAAUGGCGAUGAUGAAGACAGUGUUUUUUACGAAGCAUCAUACAUGAGCAUGGGGAUAGGAUUCUUUACUGGAUUUUGGGGCUUAUUAGGGCCAAUACUACUUUGGCAUCCUUGGAGAAAUAACUACAUAAGAUUUUUGAACAGACUGAUAAAUUAUAUAUAUGAACGGUUAUAG